AUGAAAACUGAUAAGUUCGCUCUUUUAACCCCGAAGAAAUUUCCACACCUCUAUUUCCGGUCAAAUUUUAAUAUGCACAAAUUUGGACAAUAUUUCCAAAUGAGUCGAAUUAAUAUUUUGGUGGUGUUUUCUUUGAAGGAACACCAUCACGUUGCUGUAGCAGUAGGGGAGGCUACACGCACUGAAUAUGCCAAAAAGGCAGACCCGUAUGACACGACAUUUUUAACCGUCAGAGCACAGAAUGAGAAAAUGAAAGCUCCUCCUGAAAUUGAUUUGUUGCCCCCAAAGAGCGGCAUUGAACAAGGGAACCAUCCACCCUGUUUGAAAAAAAAAAACAGCAAAAUAAUUUCGUAUUUGAAAAAUGAAUCACAAAUUAAUGUACUCUUAUCAGAACUUAAAGAAAGGAAUGGAGUAAAUUUUUUAAAAAAUAAUCAAUGUGGGAAGUUCUCUCUUAAUCAGGACAAAAAAAAAGAACAAGUCACCCUUUGCAACCACCUGUCUGAUUUGUCCUACCCCCAACCAAGUGAAAAAGGCAUAAAUGAAAAAAAAGGUGAAAUAUACAUGCAUAGGAAGUGCACAAAUCAACGUGACAACACAUCUAUGGCAUCACCACCAGGAAAAAAAAAAAGAACAGAGAAAUGUACCCUCCUGCACAGAUUAGGAACACUUACUCUUGGGGAAGCAACAGAAAAAGUGGAAGCACAUGUUAACAGCCACGCAGAAGUAAAAAAGAAUGGCACUCUUCCCGUGGGGAAAAAAAUAAUUACACAUGAAUAUCAAAUUUGCAAAAUGAGAGCCAAAAAAUAUAGCACCUUGAAAUACAACAUAUUUGUUAAAGGACUCAAAAAUGUAGACAACGAGACAGAGGGAAGGAACACUUCUUUCCCAAGGGAUGAACCCAUUAUGAUCAGUAACAACGUGAAUAGCAAAAAAAGUCAACAUGUAGAAAGCAAUGCAAAGUUCAACUGUGACGAUUUGCUGCAAAUAUACGAACAUAGAUACCUUCGCCAUAUUUUUAAAAACAGCAAAAAUGUACCUUCUCAUAAGGGAAUAAAGACGAUAAAUAAUGCAGCUUACGUGCAAGGCCAAAAUCCGUGUAACUCAGGAGAGCACCAAUUAAGCAACGGCACAAAGGACAAUAACCUGGACAAAUCAGAAGCUGGAAUUAACCAUUUUCAUAGUAGGAAUGGUAUACACAAUCGUAGUGACGGAAAAUAUCCAAAGAAUACCGUUUUGAAGAGCAACUUAAAUGAAGAACUCUCCACUCCAGAGGAUUUCACACAUUCUCGUUACAGUUCGUGUGAUGCCAACGGGGUUAAUAAGUGUAAUGUAAAAAGUAACACCGCGGAUGAUGCUGUCAGCCAGGUCGGCGGCGCCCUCGUCAAAGGUGACAAUGUGACUACGUUGACUGAACAAAAUAGGCACUUUUAUUCUAGACAGAUAAAAGACCCCCAUGGGAACGACAACUUGGGGGGCGAAAAGAUACCAAAUGAUGGUAAGUCCGACUCUAGAGAAAUGGGGAACAGUUGGGGGCACAACAAGGAAAACGAAAAUAAAAAUAAUCCGAACUAUUCGAAAGUUCGCAAACAUAGUUAUACAGACGCGUCUCAAAUUGAGCUUCUUCAAAAUGGGAUACACAAAAAAAUCGAAACGUUAGGUAGUGUCAAAUGUGCAAGGGAAGAAUCCCUAGUGACACCCCUAACCCGAAACGAACCUGAACAGAGUGGAAACUCCUGGGAAGAAGAAGACAAUACAAAAGGCCUCCUACCGAACAGAAUGCAAGCAAAAAAGAAACCGGGGGAGAGAAUCCCAAACGGCCCCAACGCAACGGAAAAGCUCAUUAAAAAUAUGCUAAUUAAGGAAUUAAAAAAUGAAAUAUAUUAUAGCAUUAUCAAAAUGGAAGAAGAUGAAGAAGAUGAAGAACAUAAAGAAGAUGAAGAAAAUAAAGAAGAUGAAGGCCUAAUUGUUAGUAACAUACCAGUUGACUGGACAAAGCUCGACAUUACCUGGUUUUUUAGAGAAUAUUUUUACAAGCUAGCCAUUGACAGGAAGAUCGAGUUCCCGCUAAUCGAACAGGUGUAUUUGAUAAAAAACGAGCCGUCCGCUAUUUUGGCGUGUCACGACUCCGUGUCGAGGGAGACAAUUCAGAACUUAUCCAACUGCACGCUCAGGAGUGUUAAGGAUAAAAAGAAAAUUAUGCUGAACAUACAGCCGUAUUACAAGGAGGAGGAGGUGACAGAUAGGGAGAAAGGAAAAGAGAAGAACAGGGAGGGAAAAACGGAAAUCCGCAGAGAAGAAUACAGGGAAAACAAUAGAGAGGGAAAGGAAGACAAGAAUGACGACGCUAGGGGAGAGGAAAAAGCAAAUGGAAAGCACACCCACGGAGAGAAAGAAGGCACUGAACAAGGGAGACGCAACGGUGAAAAGGAAAUGCCGAGCGACGAUGAAGGUAAAAAAAUAAACAGGAUGAGAAUGCGCUCCGCGACCCCGCCAAGAAGUAAGAGAAAAAAAGAGUGA